AUGACAUGACCUCAAACCCACACAACACUGUAGGACUACCAGGAUCCGAAUCACCCCUUUAAACUUCCCUUACUUAACUGAUGGCCCAACAUGCGAAGGGAGAGGAUUUCGUUGGCUCUUUUGGUAUUUCUUAAGACAUGCUGCAUUCAUUUUAUCCUCGGCGACCAGACGACUCAUUUUCUAUGGUUCAAAACCCAGCCUUGUGACGCCACCGCCGGCGAGAAAUUAAACGCUCUCUUCUACUGCGAGGCACGAUCCAUAGUCUCGUCAUCAAUCUCCUACACCUGGCUCGUGAACGACACAGAGCUUUCGUCACUGCCAUAUCAGAAAUACACAUUACAGGGUCUCCAUGGCAACUUGCUUGUGACAGGUUUGAAGCGUCACGUGGACGAGGCAAAAUUCCGUUGCGUGGCAACCAAUGGAUACGGAUCUAUCGUCAGUGUUGUGGCGGCGCUGAAAGUUGCAUACUUUGAAGCGAUGGAUAGUACUACUCAGGUCAACCUCACAAAGCGGAUAAACUUGUCAUUCACCAUCCCCUCCCCUAGAACGCGCAGUUACCCCCCUGCUAGCGUUACCUGGCAACGGCUGAGUGACAGUCUCAUUCUUAGUGAUGGAUUCAGCAAUGGCAAGAUGUUUAUAUCGGGAAACGGGGACUUGUCGUUUGUUGGGAUCCAGGAUAGACAGGCGGAUACGUACAGAGUCACUUUGUCCAACCCAUACGUUGGCAAGAGUUUCACGCAGGAUUUUAAAAUCACUAUCUCAGGUAAACUGUUGUCGACAUCCGGGCAACCAUUCCUGAAGCCUAUAGGCAACGUCACAUUCGAGGAAGGGACUCCAAAAGUCAAACUAGAAUGUAUCGUGGAGUAUGAUGUGAAAAAUGGGCACGUCCGACCGCCAUAUAUAACUUGGUACAAGGAUGGCACCGUUCUGAAUGUCAAGCUAAGCAGCAAGUACGAAUUCAUCCAAGGUUCUCAACUGAAGCUGAUUGUGAAGAAUAUUCAAUUGAGCGACCAAGGAGAGUACAAAUGCGUGGCCACUAGCUGGACCUCGGUUGCAACAUCUACUGGGUCACUAAAGGUCACAAGACGUUAUGACCCUAAACCAAUCUUCACGGAUCAGCUCAAUCCAUCAGAUAACGCACUUCCGGGUGAUGACGUCACUAUCGACGCGCCUGACGUAUCGGCAGGAAAUAUAUCUUGGUAUAAGGACGCCGUUGCCCUGGCAACGCUAUCUGAUAACCGACUUAGCAAAUCAAAAGACGGGGACUUGAUUAUUCGUAACGUGACGUUGUUGGACACGGGUCUGUACCAGGUCUUCGCAAGAACAGAAGGCGGGGAGGAGACUGGGCCACCACUAUAUCUACACGUGAUAGAUAAAAAAGCAACACCAGUCUGUCCGCGUAUUACCCUCACACAGACACCAACAAGCAUCAACAACGUCACACCUUCACCAUUUAACAUUAACAACAUUAGUUCAACCACAACACCUUUAGACAGCUCGGCCACUACGACCACAUCACCAACCUUACCCAUCGUUACCCUCAGACCACCCCCUUCCACUUCCGCCACCCAGAUCGUUACUAUGACAACAGUCACAAUCUCCACGACAACGGCCAUGUCAACUUUGGCAAGCUACGCCUCAGUAGCCACGACAUCAGUUAUGCCACCCACGGUUGGAUGGAAAUCUACGCAACGUGGAACCAAGGGAACGUUCGUGCCGACGGAUGGAGAAGUUACUGGAGCUACCAUCUCUCCGAAACGAAGCGAAGACGAAGCAGAUAACGGGAUGUUUAUUUGGGUUUAUGUCGGCGCUGGGGUUGUUGCGAUACUAAUUUUUAUCCUCGUGACUUUGUGCAUCGUUCGCGCCAAGCAGGCAAAACUAAAGCGAAGGCGCAGCGUGACUCUAAAGAUGGACAACAAUCAAUACGAAGAGCUGGAGAUGAACCGCAGGAAUGGUUCGCCGCGGGCCAAUGGAGUGCCAGGUGGCCGAAAAACAAGCUCGAAAGGCGACAAAAACCAUCUUCUGAACGAGACGAGCGAUGACGGCCUUUACGCGCCUGUACAAGCACUACACAACAUGAGCACGCGGUCUGGGGCGUGCAGGGGGUCAGUGGAUGUUAAGCGUGCGCAGAACAAUCAAGGUCACGAGUACGAGGAGCCAAUCAAAAAGACGCCACGAAAACCUUAUUCCGCACCAUUACCCAGCAUUCCAACCGGCCCACGUAUCGAGCCCAGACCUCCCUCGUUCCACUCGUACCUAGAGCUCCUAGGUCCGGAUGAGCAGACUGGUGACUUGUACGCGGAGGCGAGAGAAGGCGCCUUUAACUUGGGGUUCCGCGAACCUAACGAUGAUGUGUAUGACAGCGCAUGCGACGGGCGUGUCACAGAGACCUUCAGGGCGCUUUCAGGGCUCAACUUGCCUCACCCUGGUAACGAGGAUUCAUCACAAGGUAUUGGAGGUGCGACACCGAAUCGAGACAGUGGAGUUGGGACAUUAAAUCGAGGCACUAGGGUAAUACCGCUGUGCGAUACCGCGUGCUCAGAGCCUUUGUACCACGAGCUCGAGGGGCCUGAGAUCGAACCGGAAGGGAUUUACGAGUACGAUGUAGCGGAAGAGAGAAUCAAUCUAAGACCGGAGAGUCUGUACCAGCCCUUACUGGUAGAAGGUAGGAAUAGCGUAGCCGUGGUUCUUGGAAAAAGCGAUGUCUAUGAGCCACUGGAUCAAAAGGAAAGAAGUGCGUCCGCCCCAAGCGCCGUGGUUCUCAGAAGAGCAAAACCACGACGUCAGGAUUCCAUGGAAGCAAAGCGCAAUUGCGACGAAAAACGCCUGUCACGCGCGCUAACGGAUCCGCAGAAUUUAUCUGGCGGUUGCGAAAACGAGAAUCUCUACCAGCCGCUGAAUAACUCUCUUGAUCGCUGCCCACUGAACGUGAGUAAGCCGAAAAGCAGUACGAGCCCGUCAGGAGAGGGGAAGAGACUGUCGAACGCGUCAGUUUGUCACCCGAGUCCCACCCCCAGCCAUAGGAGCCUGAAGGAGUCGGAUCUCCACGCUGUCAGUGUGUCUCCUUCAGGCAGCCUCAAGGAGGGGACUUCGGCUACUCCGAGUCCUUCCCGAGGAAAGAGCGGAAGCACGAAAUCUACCCGAGGGCAUAGCCGGCAGAAUAGCGACACCCACGGGAUUGUUACUAUAGAGAAACCACGACGGGCUUCGACAACGGACGAUUUGACUCGAUAUCAAGCGAUGCCUCGAUUUCAUCGAAGGAAUUUGAGUGACGCGGGUCUGUGCGCAGUGGACUUGUCGCAGUUACACGUGGACAUUGACGUCAGCACGAUUUCAACCAAUCAGAGUUCACCUGACGAUGGAUUGUACAUGCCGCUGGUCAAAACUGCAUUCAACGCGGGCGUCAGAGAUAGCAUUUACGCGGAAUUGGAUGAGGGCAGAAGGGAACGUUCAUGCGAGACAGAGCCGAAUAGAGAGAGUAUUUACCACUCCCUACAGGAUCAGAGAGAUUCAAUAUACCAAGACAUAGUUAGGUGACUAGUGACAAUAGACUUCAUGCAGCUUUUUUUACACCAUACAAUACAAUGAGCUGCUACAAUAGGGUUCUUCCAAAUAAUUUACAAAUUAAAAGGGAGAAGAAAGCGGAUAUGUAAAAUAAUACCCUAUAAGAAAAAAAACUUUAAACAAAUGAAUAAACGAAUUCUCAUCCUG